UGGAGCUCGCAAAUGGGGCGAGACGAGCAGCAAAGUGCUGCCCUUUCCGAUGACGGCUGGGCUGCUGCAGCCCGCGGUCAUCAUGCUGCGUAGUAGCAACUCGUAAAAAGAGUUAUCAUGCGCAGCUACACCGUGCUGCUAGCCGUGCUCAUCACAGCAGCCCAGGCCCAAGACGAGCCGCUGCCGCCGACCGGUUUGCCGCUCCUCGACGACGCGGUGGAGCAGUGUUCGCACAGUGGCGCGCUCGAAUGCUACGCGCUGCUCGCGGAGGUCGCGGAGAGGCUGCCCGGCGAGGCGUGGCCGCAGUUUUAUCUCGGGUUGGUGCUGCACCAGGGCGGCAUCGACGCGGCGGAAGCGACGCGCGCCUACGAGCGGGCGCUGGCCCUCGACCCGGGGCACGUGGACGCGCUCUGCAACCUGGGCAAGAUGCGCAGCGACGCGGUGCGCGCCGAGGGGCCGUCCGACGCCGCCGUGGCGCUGUGGACGCGGGCCCUGGAGAUCGACCCGCGGCACCGCAUGGCGCGCGUGAACCUGGCGCUGGACCUGCACCGGCGGGGGCGCUUCGACGCGGCGACGGUCCACUGGGACGAGCUUUUGAGGAGGCACCCGGCGGACCCCGAGGUCCUCUACAACGCGGGCGUGACGCGCGCGCACCGCGGCGAGGUCCCCGUCGCCGCGGACCUGUACCAGGCCUGCCUCGAGCGCGCGCCGGACCACGUCGAGGCGCGGAUCAACCUGGCGGCGCUCUACCACAAGCACGGCACGCCGCGCGACGCCGUCGAGCACUACCGCCGGGCCCUGGACUCGCUGCGCCGCGUCGGCCCCGCGCUCGGCGAGGACGGCGACCCGGCCGACGCGGAGACGAUGAUCCACGGCAACCUGGGCGUCGCGCUGACGCAGCUCGGCGAGGGCGACGAGGCCGUCGCGGCGCACGCCGCGGGCCUGCGCAUCGCCGAGGCGCGCGGCAUGGUCGACGCGGCCGACCAGGCCCGCACGCACCUGCUCAAGGCGCGCGUCCCGCACUGCGACUGGGUCGCCCGCGAGGCCAUGCUCGCGGAGAUCCUGGACGUCGACCGCCGCCGCAUGGACCGCGGCGAGCGGCCCGCGCUGCUACCCUUCGACACGCUGCUCGUCGACAUGCCUCCGCGCGCGCGCAUGCGGCACGCCGUCUACACGUCCCGGGCCCUGGAGCACUACGGCGACCUGCUGCCGCCGCCGGCGCCGAGCGAACCCAACGGGACGCUGCGCGUCGCCUACAUGUGCUACGACUUCAACGACCACCCGACGGCGCACCUCGUCGAGGGCCUCUUCCGCUGGCACCGGCGCUUCAAGGACGCGUUCCGGUCGGCGCGGGGCCCGCGGGCGCUCGAGGCCGUCGCGGCGCUGGGCUACGGCAAGGACGACCACUCCGACUACCGGGACGCGAUCGCGGCCGACGCCGACGCGUUCAUCAACGACCUGGCGCUGCUGGGCCACGUCGACGCCGUCGUCGCGAGCCGCGACUUCGGCGCGCAGAUCGUCGUGGACCUCCAGGGGCACACGCUGGGGACGCGCAUGGAGCUCUGCAUGGCGCGCGUCGCGCCCGUGCAGCUGGCCUACCUCAUCUACCCGGGCACGUCCGGCGCGUCGUGCCUCGACGGCGCGGUCGUCGAUCCGAUCGUCGUGCCGCCCGAGGCGGCGCGCGUCUACACCGAGCGGCUCGUCUACCUGCCGGGCACGUACCAGGUGAACGACUACGAGCGCCACGCGGCCGUCGCCACGUACGCGGCGGCGCCCGACGCCCGCGCGGCGCACGGCCUGCCGCCGAGGCCCUUCGUCGUCUUCUGCAACUUCAACAAGGUGGACAAGCUCGACCCCGCGUCCUUCGGCCUGUGGAUGAACGUCCUGCGCCGCGCGCCCGGCUCGGUCCUGUGGCUGCUCCGGCCCAAGGGCCGCCAGUUCGACCACGUCGCGGCGAACCUCGAGGCGGAGGCGGCGGCGCGGGGCGUGCACCCGGCGCGGCUGGUCUGGGCGGACCGGGUCCCGAAGGCCGAGCACCUGCGGCGCCACGCGGCCGCCGAUCUCCUGCUGGACACGCUCAUCUACGGCGCGCACUCCACGGCGACGGACGCCCUGCGCGGCGGGCUGCCGCUCCUGACGGUGCGGGGCGAGCAGUUCCCGCAGCGCGUGGGCGCGUCCCUGCUGAGCGCGGUCGGGGCGAAUCAGGAGCUACUCGCCGUCGACAGCCUGCGGGACUUUGAGGACCUCGCGGUCUCGCUCGCGGGGACGCGGCGCCUGCGGGCGCUGCGGGCGCGGCUCGCCGACGAGGGCCGCGCGUCCCGGCUCUUCGACACGCGCGCCUUCACGCGCGACCUCGAGCGGGCCUUCCACGCGGUCUGGGAGGGCCACGCGCUCGCGGGGAGGCUCGCGCACCACGUCGUGGUGCUGGAGGACGUCCUUCCGGAGCCGGCGUUGAAGCCGUUUCACGGCGGGCCGCUGCCGAGCUUCGAGAGCGUGUUGCCGGGGGCUUGGGCGUCAACUGGGGAUGUGGGGGUGCGGUGA